AUGAUGAUCGAUAUUACACAACGACACCUACAUGAUUAUCUACCAUCGGAAAAGAACGAUUUUUUAAAUGCAUAUCGUUCAUCCGAACAAAAAUGUAAUAAUUUGGAAACACAAGUCAAACGAAAAGAUGAAACAAUUCAUGCUUUAAGAAAUCAAUUUUCACAAUCGCAACAUAAUCAAAAACAUUCUUUGCCCUCAAAACCUAUAAAUGAAAAUCGUUCUUUUAAUGAUGAUGAAAAUAUUCAAUAUCCACGAUAUGGUACUGUAUCACAUACACACUGGCAUAAUGUGGCCAAAGAUCGAGAAUUGGCGAAGUUGAAAGCUUUGGUAUUUCAAAAAGAUAAUGAAAUCAUUGCUCUUACAAAUGCUCAUAAAAAUGCUGUUUCACAGAUGGAAGAUCGGAUACAACGUGAAAGACAAGUGUGGGAUGAACAUCGAGAUAACUUAGUGACGAAUGAAAGAUGUCGAUUUGAAGAUGAGAAAGCUUACGCACUGAAGGAUUUACAACAAAAAUUAAAAUUAGAACAAGAAAGAAAUGAUAAAUUGGAACAAAAAUUGUAUGAUUUACAAACAAAAUUAAGUGAAACACAAAUUAUGUUAAAAGAGAGUGCACGUGAACGAAUCAAUGCCGUAUUUAAUACAAAAGAAUUAUGUCGAAAAGAAUAUCAAGAAGAAAUAAAUCGUCUACGUUCACAAUUACAAAUACAAAAAGAUGAAGAUAUUAGUCAAUUACAAUUGCGUGUAAAAGAAUUGGAAACAAAUCUUCAACAUGUUUCAUUAUCAAAUACAGAUACAUCAAUAAAACAACAUGAAAUAUUUGUCAAUAUGGAAACAUAUGAAAAAAUAUGUGUACGAUUAUUACAUGAUAUUAUUAAAAAAUUACUCAAAACCAUGGAUAGUUCAUCACAUCUUCGUUCAACAAUACCUAGUGUCUCUUCAUAUACUUAUGAUGAGGAGUCAGUUAUUACAAGAGUUCCCUCUAGAUGUGCAUUAAAAGUUUUACAAGACAUUGUCGAUGAUGUUAAGAAUUAUAUUUUGGAACAAAAAGUUCAAAUAGAAACAAAAUCAAAAUUUUUAAGAAAAGUUAAUAAUCAUUCAGAUAAAACAUCUCGUUACGGCAAUAAUAAUCGAAAUUAUCAUUCAACAGACAAAGAGAAAUUAUCAAAACGACAGGAAAAUGGUGGUUAUAGUUCAAAGAUGAAGGAAAAUAGUGAUCCCUAUUAUUAUCGUUUGUCGAAUACUGAUGAACAAAAACCCCGAAAUUUACAAAAUCAUCAAUUAACAUCAAAACAAAAUGAUACAAUUGAUAAUUUAGUUCAAAAACUUGAAAAUCACAUAGCAAAUGAACUAGAUCGUCUCACACAACAACGACUGACAUUGAGUAAUAGCAACAUUGAAACAUAUUCACUAAAUGAGACGAAUGAUCGUCAACGUUCACCAUUUGAGCCAAAAAAAGUAAUAAUUAAAUGGUUCAUUUUCUUACAUUAUGUGUAAAGGGAUGGACACAAUAGAGGACUCGGGUCUUAUAUCGCGUCCUAGCGCUCAUAACUUUGAAGGGGGUCUUCUAAAGCGUCCCUAAAAAAAGCCGAUUUUAAGCUGAAAUCGCUUGAUCGAGAGUUCGCACUGUGUACAAAGCUGUGUACGCACACACUUCUUUUUGUCUAGCACCUGUAUAUUCACUCUAACCCAGAUCGUCCAUUCCGGUGUCAGGAUCCUGCCGGAUCCAACAUCGGAACAUGCCGGAAGUUGGUAGAAUUCGGAAAAAACCGGCAGCAACCAUACCUGNUGAAUCGGAUUUCGCUGGAUUUGCAGAAUGUGACCAAUUUUAAGGUUAAAAAUAGUCUUGAAUUUUUUCUUUCAUUUUCUAGUGGUUCUUCUCUCUGUUCAUUCGAGAGAGUGGAGGGGCCCGCUAGCUAGGACGUGUAUAACACGUCCGUUGAACAGUGUGAGCGAUGACUCACAUUGUUAAGAAUUUGCAAAGAACAACUCCUCAUUUUUCAUUUUCUGCAGUGUCUUAUUUAAAGUGCUCCUGUCUUGAAACAAAGCGGUGAAUAUAUUAUGCGCACUAGAAAGAAAAAAAAAUAAAGUGCACAUCACAGGAUCCGUCGAUUUCCGGUCACUGGAAAUUAACGGAUCCGCCUGGUUCC